GGAGAGAAGGCCAUCUGCUGGUCAGACUGGGUCACUGCGCGAGCGCUUGUUACUGUCCUGUUUAAGAUGAUUUUUAAUGUCCUUAAAGUGCAUUACUGUAUAACUUUCCCAUCCUGGUUUUGUUUUUACACUUAAAUACAUUUAUAAAAAUGUUUUUUUUCCAGGAAGAUAUAGGAGUUAUUGCUGAUUACUAAAAACAGCUCAGGAAAGAGUGAAGAUAUCCAAUCUGGCAACCCUGCAUAGCCUGGUGAUAUGUGAUAUCAGUGAAUUCCUUCAGCGUCUAAAUAUAGGAGCUGGAUAUCACAGAGCAAGCAGGUGUGUCCCUCAGUAUGGACCUGUAUGAGAUGAGGGGUCGCCUACAGGUCAUUGCAGAGGAAAACACAGCAAGUGAGGAAGAGGAGGAGAAUGAAGAGGAAGAUGAGUUUGUUAUGGUGAGAAACAGGAAGAUGACCUCUGACCCCAGUGACCGCCCCAAUGCCUGGUGUAUAGACUGUGGCGUCCCAACACACUCGAACCCGAGAGAACACACACACACACAGCACAGAGUCAUCACCAUCAGCACCGCCGCUCAGGAGAUCAAGGGUGAGCUUUGUAAGCGCAGCAGCAGUUUAGCAGAGAAGAUCACACAGAUGGACAACUUUCUCAGUAACCUGGAGGAGAUCUUCAUCACUGUGGAGGAGAAUUUCGGGCGUCAGGAGCAGAACCUGGAGCAGCACUAUAAUGAUGUUCUGCAGUCUCUCUCUCAGCGCUUCAGAGAUAACAGCGCCGCCCUGCUGGAUGAGAAGAAGCUGAAACUGGAGGCUCUCUACGGGCAGCUGCUGAGCUGUGGAGACGCGCUGACCGCCAGCAAAGAGCUGAUAGAACACGCGCAAGAACUUCACCGCUGUGAGGACACACACAUAUUCCUACAGACUGUUAUAUCUAUCAUUAAGAGGAUGGAGGAAUUUUCAAAGGAUGAGGUGGAGCUUAAAGUGUGUGUGUGUCUGGAUUUUGCCCCGCCCCCUUCAGACCUGACUGAGGUUCAACACAUGAUGGACUCUGUUAAUGUUGUACCAGCUCCCUCGGCCCCGGUGAUGAACCCACAGCUGGUGAACUCUGCCUCGCCUUCGUCUCUGCGUGUGUGUUGGAGUCUGUUUUCUGAUGACACAGUGGAUUUCUACCAACUUUACUGCCGUCAGAUCUGUGAGGACAUCGCCACGGAAACCGUGCAGGAGGCCUCAGUGUUACGAGUAAAGGAGACUCACUGUGUGGUAAAGGAUCUUUAUCCUAAUUCUCAGUAUGAGUUUUGGGUCACAGCAACAAACACAACAGGAAUUAGUCCAGCCAGCGAGAAGGCCGUGUACAUGACCGUUCCCUCUCCUCCUGACAUUAGACAGCACGAGUGUGCGAGCUGUCUGGAAGCGGCGCUGAUUCGGUGGGACUCUGGAAACACAAACCCUGUGGAGUCAUACACACUCGAGCUGUGUGAGGACGGAGAGCUAGACCAUGCAGUGACUGAGUCAAUUGUGGCGAUCCCCACCUGUGAGUGUGUGGUGCAGCUGCAGCCGUGGAAAUGUUACAUCAUUACGGUCAGAGCUGUGAACAUCGGCGGCUCCAGUGAAAAGAGUCGACCAAUCAAAAUCUCCACUACAGGGACUUUCUUCCACCUGCUGAAGGAAACCGCUCACCCAAGCUUGUGUGUGCUGGACGAUGGUUUCACUAUUGUUUACCCGGACGAAGAUCUACCUUUAAGUGACAUGGUGUUCACCGAAAGCUCCUUCAACAGUUGUGUAGCUGUACUUGGUGACCUUAUCCCUGUACGAGGACGUCACUACUGGGAAAUAGAAGUCGAUGAUUGGACAGAGUAUAGAGUGGGCGUGGCCUUCGAGGACACACAGCGCAGCUCUUAUCUUGGUGCUAAUGCUACAUCCUGGUGCCUGAGGCACAUCCGCACACCCUCCAGACACAAGUACGAGUUCCUGCACAACGGCUGGAGUGCAGAUGUGCGCAUCACGGUGCAGCCGCUGCGUGUGGGCGUGUUCCUGGAUUACGACAGCGGCACACUCUCCUUCUACAACACACACCUACAACAACACUUACACACAUUCAGGUUCCACCCACCAACGACUCUUAUUGGAUACGCGGCUGUCACUCAUCAUUUGUCUAACGAUGACGUCCCCAUUCUCCUCCAAUCAUGUCUCCGUGGGAAUCUUUAUAAACAGAAGCGGCAUCGGGAACAGAGAGCUGGGGAGGGACUGAGCUGUGAUCAGCUGUGAUCAGCUGUGGUGUCGGGUUGUCACGGUGUUCGUAUUUUGAUCGUGCUACUUAUGACCAUUACAUGUUGGCUUUGAAGACAUGUUCCGAUUUGGUGUGGAUUGAAAAACUCACGGUUAGCAUCUGACGCCGAUGUAUGUAUGGAAGUGCGCGGUAACAAGCAGAGGGAGACCAGGAACAGCCUAGUAGGGCACGUGCCAUACAUAUCCAUACACAGGAUAUACACUAUAUUGCCAAAAGUAUUCGCUCACCUGCCUUGACUCGCAUAUGAACUUAAGUGACAUCCCAUUCCUAAUCCAUAGGGUUCAAUAUGACGUCGGUCCACCCUUUGCAGCUAUAACAGCUUCAACUCUUCUGGGAAGGCUGUCCACAAGGUUUAGGAGUGUGUUUAUGGGAAUUUUUGACCAUUCUUCCAGAAGCGCAUUUGUGAGGUCACACACUGAUGUUGGAUGAGAAGGUCUGGCUCUCAGUCUCCCAUUCCAUGAAGCUCUCUGCGCACUGUUCUUGAGCUCAUCUGAAGGCCACAUGAAGUUUGGAGGUCUGUAGCGAUUGACCUCAGCAUCCGCUGACCCCACUCCGUCAGUUUACGUGGCCUACCACUUCGUGGCUGAGUUGCUGUCGUUCCCAAACACUUCCACGUUCUUAUAAUACAGCUGACAGUUCAUCUUUUACACUUUUACUUGAGUAAAAGUACAAAAGUAUUUGCCUUCAAAUGUACUUAAGUAUCCAAGUAUCUAUGAUUUAUUAUGGCUAUAAUAUCCUAUUAUCAU